AUACUCAUACACUACACAUCAUACCAUUCAGCAAAACAGUUACUACUCGUACAUUUUGUACGUAUGUUUCAUAUGCUUUUGCGUCCAAGUAUUUAUAUUGUAAAUGAGUUGACAAUCAUCUUUACCCGUAUGAUAUUGGCAGGCUCAGACAACAUCUUACCAAUGUGACAAGAUGCCUUUUUAUACAAUCAUGACCUUUUUGGGGUCUCAUAUUGAAAUGGCUAGUUCUAGCUAUAGCUAGGCUAGUAGUCCAUAGGUCCGACAAUCAACAAUUUGCGUGUGCCCAUCACAAGAUAUUCAGGACACUGUGUUGGAUGACAUGUCCUAUCCAUGACCAGACGGAGGCAUUCAGUUUCGCCGAAGGCGAAUCGCGGCCGCAACAUGACACACGUUUCACCGUGUGUGUUGCAGUUUGCCGGCAAGAUGGUCGGCACGGAAAACAUGGAUGUGCAGCUAUCCGCAGAAGAUCACCGAGCCUAUGGGGCAGCAUCGUCCCAGGUUAUUGCGGGAGCGUCGCAAGUAUUGACAGCUCCUUCACCUGGACUUCAAACUUCACAACAGACAAUCCAAACACUACACGCUGAGACCCCUGUGAUAACACAGGCUAUUCAAGUUUCUGAAUCACUGGCGAAUGCUAUCCAAACUAGCAUUUCUACAACACGUAAAAUCAAUCUUAAGCAUGAGGCAGGGAUAGCAUGGCUGGAACAAGAGAUUGGAAAAGACUUUGAAGUACCGAAGGUCAAAGCAGAUGGAGCCACCCUGCUUCUGUGCCCAUGGUGCUCUGUCCCAUAUGCAGCGCCCAUGUAUCUGGAGCGACACAAAAAACAAUGUCGUAAAAGACUUGAAACUGUUACCCUUGAAGAAGCUCAGUCUCAAGUAGAUGCUCUUGCCCAGGCAGAGGCACAGGUGCAGGUUCAGGUUCAAGCCCAGGCUGCAACUCACAUUCAGCCUCAGGUUCAAACUCCUGUUGCAGUUCAUGCUCAAGAUAUUUCCCAAGUUCACAGUCCUCAAAUUGUUCAACUUCAAGCUGCUCAGGUGCCUCCGAAUCCCAUUCAUGCUGCUCAAGUUCAAUCUGCACACUUACAAGCUGUUCAAGUACAAUUGCAGGGAGGACAAGUUCAAGUUGCCCAGUUAAACGGUCAGUCUGUAAUGCUAAGUAUGGACAGAGUUGCACAUGUAUGUGGAGUGACUCGGGGCACUUGUAAUCGUUGCUCCCCCUCAAAAGUAUUACGCAAUUCAAUUACUCCCAGCAUAACAGUAGAAGAAGUUCCAAUUGAUAUAGCUUGUUCCCAACUCUUCACGCAAGAACGUGAUAUAACUGAUAGUGUGGUGUACCUCGACAGACCUUUUUGUUUUACAGUUAACAAUAAGGGUUUUCUUACUGCUGAUCCUAAACCAAACUCUAAUCUUACUGGUAAACAAUUUAUAUGCCCUGAGUGUGGGGAGCGUUUUUCAAAAAAUAGCCUUUUGAAAGAGCAUUCUAAAACUCAUGCUGGGGAAAAGCCUUUUGGUUGUAUUGAAUGUGGGAUGAGGUUCUCAUGUAGCACUCUGUUGAAAGAUCAUUGUAGAUUUCAUGCAGGAGAAAAAGAAUUUGGCUGUACAGACUGUGGAUUGUGGUUUAGCACUAGUGAGCAACUUACCGAACACUUUCGUGCUCACCAACAUGAAAAGGAGUUUGAUGAAUAUUCAGAACGCAGAGAUUUAUAUGUUAGAGCUGAAAUCAAAGAAACAUCUCCGUCACAGCAAAUAACUCUAGUUAAGACCAAGAAAGAAAAACCAUUUGUCUGCCUUGAGUGUGGAGAGAGAUUUGCUCAAAAUAGUGAUCUUAAACGUCAUGCAAGUGCUCAUAAUGGUGACAAACAUUUUUCCUGUACUGAUUGUGGACAGCGGUUUACUCGCAGUAGUCAUCUGAAAGAACAUGCUCGUGUUCAUACUGGUGAAAAGCCAUAUGGUUGCACCAGCUGUGGAGAAAGAUUCACCCGCAGCAAAAGCCUAAGGAGGCAUAGUUUAGUUCAUACUGGUGAGAAGCCUUUUCCUUGUACCUUCUGCAAAGAAAGAUUUACUCAAAAUAGUGAUUUAAAACGUCAUCUUUUAAUUCACACUGGUGAGAAACCAUUUGUCUGCUCAGAAUGUGGUGAAAGGUAUACGAGGAGCAGUGGACUCAAAGAACAUUUUAGGGUACAUACUGGUGAAAAACCGUUUGGCUGUAGUGACUGUGGUCAAAGAUUUACUCACAACAGCGAUCUCAAACGUCAUGUUCGUAUUCACUCUGGUGUGAAACCUUUUUCGUGUAAUUGCGGAGAACGAUUCACUCAGAAUAGUGAUCUGAAGCGUCAUAAACGAAUACACACUGGAGAAAAACCUUACGGUUGUACAGAAUGUGGAGAGCGUUUCACAAGAAGCAGUGGUCUGAAAGAGCAUUACAGAACCCAUACAGGAGAAAAGCCUUUCGUCUGUGCUGAAUGUGGACAACGUUUCAUAAAAAACAGAGACUUGAAGAGACACAAUCGUAUCCAUACAGGAGAGAAGCCUUUUUGUUGCACAGAAUGUCCUCAAACAUUUACUCAAAAUAGUGACCUAAAACGGCAUGCCAAAGUCCAUCAACAGAGUAGAAUUGUUACUUAUAAUGAGGCCAUUCCUGAAGCAAGAUAUUUCUAGCAGAUCUCUCAAAGAUUUAGAAGAGAAAUGCACUCUGUCUUUUGUAUGUUGCCAAUAUGUCACUUGUUACUUUUCUUCAAUGGUAUUUUGUGAGCCUGUUAUGUUUUUCAUACAUAUGUUUUGAGAAGUUUUUUUACUUCCUUUUAGGCUUUAUUUCUGGUUUCUUGUAUUGUUAGGUGUUAACUUGUUGUAUUUGAAUGUUUUGGAUGUUGUUUGUAAUCAUGUAGCAAUAUUUAAUAAUUUAAUAUUCUGUUAUUGUCAAUAAGAUCUGUGAUCUUCCUGUCAGAUCUGUAUGGAAUAAUUGUUUAUUUAUAUCUCAAUAGGAGUAUAUCAUUUAUAGAAAUCUCAAGAGAGGAAUCUAUUCGCUAAAUGUAACAACUCUUGACAUCUUGGCCCACAGUUCUUUUCCAUCAUCCCCAUUCUCAGAUAUUAUUAAAUUGUUGACUGAAAAGCACUUGAAUAUUUUGCUGUCACCUAUUUGGCAAAAGAAUUUUAUAUUGAAGGAAACAAUUGAAAAGAAUUUAAGACUGUGGGAUUAUUCAGGGUGGUGCAUCAUUGUCUUUUCUGAAGGCAAGCCGUCUAUAAUCUAUGUAUAAUGCAAGAUGUAGGUGUGUGUGUGAUGCACUUUUAUUAAUGUUGAUAGACUGAACCAUCUCUUGUAUCAUUGUCCCAUCUCAUAAAACAUAACAAUAUGAUGAUAGUUUUAUAGCUAUCUGUUGGUGUAAAGCAUGAGGCUGAAGCCUUUGCUUGGGCUUGUUUUGACAAUAUGUUUCAUACUUUGUUGGAUAAUUUCAUGAAAUACAGUACAAUUGGAACUAA